CCCUCACUGACUCACAAAAACACCAAAUUCUUGUUUCUCAAAUUCCGAAACACUCAUGAGUUCACUGACCGGUUUUCCGCUACUGCUGCAACAAUUCAAGGCUCUGUUCAACAAGAACCUCCUCCUCGCAUGGCGCAACAAGACCGCCACCUUUCUCCAGCUCCUCUCUCCCUUAUUCUUCAUCUUCCUCAUCUUCUGCUUCCAGAAGGCCUACGACGCUCAGACUCAGUCUUCCACUGCGUACCGGAGCGUCACCGAUCCUCAGCCGCUGGUUUCGCCGCCGAUCCCGCCCUGCGAGGACAAGUUCUCUAUCAAAACGCCGUGCUAUGAUUUCGUGUGGAGCGGAGAUCAGAGCCCUAGGAUUUGGAGCGUUGUCGAUGCCAUCAUGGCUAAUAAUCCCGGAAGGCCAAUCCCGGCGACAAAGGUUAAAUCGUUUAGAACCCCGGCUGAAGUAGAUGAAUGGCUGUAUAAGAAUCCUUUGUAUUGCCCAGGAGCUUUGCAUUUUGUGGAAAGAAAUGCCACUGUGAUUAGCUAUGGCCUGCAGACUAAUUCUACUUCUGUUGAAAAACAAGGGAAAACUGAGGAUCCCACAUUCAAAUUUCAAAUUCCACUUCAGAUUGCUGUGGAGCGUGAGAUUGCUAGGUCUCUAAUUGGAGAUUCAAAAUUUAGCUGGGUUGUUGCAUUCAAGGAAUUUGCACACCCUGCAAUGGAGAGGCCUUCUGCAAUGGAUAACAUGGGACCAAGGUUUUUUUUCGCAGCUGCCAUGUUUGGUUUUGUCUUUCAAAUGACUUCUUUGAUCACAGAGAAAGAACUUAAGCUGCGACAGGCAAUGACAAUGAUGGGCCUUUAUGAUAGUGCAUACUGGUUCUCCUGGCUUGCAUGGGAGGGAAUUAUUACACUACUCUCAGCUCUUUUCACAGUUCUCUUUGGAAUGAUGUUUCGGUUUAAUUUUUUCUUAAACAACAGCUUUGCAGUCUUAUUCCUUGUCUUCUAUCUUUUCCAACUCAAUAUGAUUGGUUUUGCCUUUAUGUUAUCGGCCUUCAUAAAAAAGUCAUCUUCAACCACAACUGUCGGUUUCUCCAUCUUUAUGAUUGGCUUUUUAAUCCAGCUAUCUACAUCAAACAACGAUCCAUACAAUAAAAGCAUUUCUAGGACUAAACGAAACUUGUGGUCUCUAUUUCCACCUAAACUUCUUUCCCAGGCUCUAUAUAUACUCAGUGAGGCGACAUCCACUCCUAAAGAGACUGGCAUUAACUGGAGUAGAAGGGCAAACUGCGGACCAGGGGAUGAAAAUUGUGUUAUAACAAUUAAUGACAUUUAUAUAUGGCUGGUGGCUACAUUCUUCCUCUGGUUCGUAUUGGCUAUAUACUUCGACAAUAUCAUCCCAAAUGUAUCUGGUGUGAGAAAAUCAGUUUUUUACUUUCUGAAGCCAGGAUACUGGACAGGGAAAAGUGGAAACAAAGUGGAAGAGCGUGGCAUUUGUAGUUGCAUAGGUUCACUUCCACCAUUGGAGCAUAUUACUCCAGACGAUGAAGAUGUCCUUGAAGAGGAGAACAUUGUUAAAGAGCAAACUAAGGAAGGCACAGUUGAUCCAAACCUUGCAGUUCAGAUACGUGGCCUUGUAAAAACAUAUCCUGGCAAAAGACAUGGUUGCUGUUGUAGCAAGAGGACGUCACCAUACCAUGCUCUCAAGGGGUUAUGGGUCAACUUUGCAAAGGAUCAGUUAUUUUGUCUACUUGGACCCAAUGGAGCUGGGAAAACCACAGCAAUAAAUUGUUUAACCGGCAUCACACCUGUGACUGGAGGAGAUGCGUUGAUCUAUGGAAAUUCUGCCCGAAGCUCUGUCGGCAUGGCAAACAUUCGAAAAAUGAUAGGAGUUUGUCCACAGUUUGAUAUUCUUUGGGAUGCAUUGUCUGGGCAAGAGCAUCUCCACAUAUUCGCUAGUAUCAAAGGCCUUCCUCCAGCAUCAAUAAAAUUGGCUACUAUGAAGUCACUGGAAGAGGUGAAACUGACUGAUGCAGCCAAAAUGAGAGCUGGUAGUUACAGUGGAGGAAUGAAGCGUCGCUUGAGUGUUGCAAUAGCCCUUAUUGGUGAUCCGAAGUUAGUUAUCCUAGAUGAACCGACAACUGGUAUGGAUCCAAUAUCUAGAAGGCAUGUAUGGGACAUCAUAGAGGAUGCAAAGAAAGGUCGUGCAAUCGUCCUGACCACUCACUCGAUGGAAGAAGCUGACAUAUUAGGUGACCGGAUAGGAAUUAUGGCAAAGGGUAGGCUCCGCUGCAUUGGAACUUCAAUCAGGCUGAAGUCACGAUUUGGGACUGGUUUCAUUGCUAAUGUGAGAUUCAAAGAAAGCACAAAUGGGGAUGAAGUUGCAACAUCUCAUCACGAAGCUGUGAAGCAGUUAUUUAAAUAUCGUUUGGAUGUUUCACCAAAAGAAGAGACAACAGCCUAUCUGACUUUUGUGAUUCCUCAUAAUCGAGAGGGCAUUUUGGCGAAAUUUUUCGCGGAACUUCAAGAUCAAGAAGAUGAAUUUGGCAUAGCUGACAUUCAACUUGGACUUGCAACUCUUGAAGAAGUUUUCCUAAAUAUCGCAAGGCGGGCAGAGCUAGAAAGUGCCACAGCCGAGGGGAGGUUGGUUACUCUCACUUUAACAUCUGGGGUCUUGGUUCAGAUUCCUACAGGAGCUAGGUUUGUUGGGAUUCCGGGAACAGUCUCUUCUGAGAAUCCAAACGGGCUUAUGGUAGAAGUUUUUUGGGAGCAAGAUGAAUCUGGUGCACUUAGCAUAUCUGACCUCUCACCUGAAACCCCAAUACCUCCUAAUAUUGCAGUUGAACUGAUGCUACCUUCAAUUUCGCCCAGAAAUUUGUUUGGCCGUUCCAAACCAGUAAACGGCAUUGUGCUCGACUCCGACCAAAUCACUAGUUCUUUCGGUCUAAGUGGUCAUAUGGGUCGUUGGCAAAGGACCUGA